AGCGUGGCUCCCCCUCUGAGGAGUUCUGGGAACCUUCAUGACUGAGCAGACCUCCGGGGAUCCAUUGCGAGGUGACGGACGAAGCGCGAAAAACUGCUGUCCAGUGUCGAGAGAGUCCAGAUCUCUUGUUGCUGUCAUGGUCUUCAGGGCGCUGCUGCUGUCCGUCCUGCUGGUGUCCCUGAGCUGCUCCAGAGGAGCCAUCAUCACAGGGGCCUGUGAAAGGGACCUGCAGUGUGGUUUUGGUCUUUGCUGCGCCGUCAGUCUGUGGCUGAGGGGCCUGAGGAUGUGCGUUCCAAGAGGCAUCGAAGGGGACGAAUGCCACCCAUUUAGCCACAAGGUGCCCUAUCUAGGGAAAAGGCAUCAUCACACCUGCCCUUGUCUCCCCCACUUGAUGUGCAGCAGGUAUAGUGAAAGCAAGUAUAGAUGCACGGACGACUUCAAAAGCCUGGACUUUUAACAGCCGACCAAACAUUCAGAUGAAGAAGAUCAGAUCAGAAACAGCAUUCAGAGUGAAAAAACUGGCUUUGGAUCAGAAACACAUAUUUAACCUUCAAUGCCUGUAUUCUUCAUUUGUGUUCUCUAUGCACUAUAAAACAUAGUUUCCACACAUCAUGGACACAGAGAGAGAAAUGUCAAGAGAAUCACACCUCAACAAGAGCCACGGCAGACGUCCAACACUUUACUUAAACAAAAUGAAAAAGAUUAAAACGUUUGAUCUUUUGUUUUCAUGCUCACUUUAUGUAAGUAGUCAAAAGAUAUGUAUAAAUACUAUUAUCAAUAAAUGAAUAAUUACAACAUUGAAAAAGUGCCCUGUGAAGUUUUCUUUUCUUGUGCGUUCUAUGUGGCUUGAAUAAACAUUAUGUUAUGUUAUGGAGGGUUAUGGUAUGUCGAGUGGUUUUAAUCUCUCUAGUUUGAUUAUGAUGAAGGUCAAAACGUCCUUUACCGCCUCAAGCAAACUCAAAACUGCCGUCUCUAACUGAUGACAUAACUGACGGAUCGCCACCGAUUUCAACCCCAACAUUUGGAAGAUCAAAGUUUAUUUUUCCUUGUAGUUUUUCAGGAUUUUAGCAUCUUG